GCUGCUCGCCUGCCCGAUAGUCCCCUCCUCCUCCUCCGUCCGAGACCCCACGGGCCGCCGCCGCCGCACGCUCCCCGUGUUGCUGGCGGGCGAGGAGGCGAGGCAGCCCCGUCCAAAGAAGCCUCCUCCGUCCCGUCGCGAGCUAGCCCAGCCGGCGGAGAAGCGCGCCUGCCGCACAACCACAGCUGCUGCUUGCUGCUGCACGCCAGGCACUGGCAACCGGGAGCCUCCGGAGGGAAAGCGGCCCACGGAAGAGGAAGGUAGAAAGAGACGUUUGAAGCUAAGAAGAAGAAGAAGAAGAAGAAGAUUAAUCUCAGAUGAAAAAUUGCAUUAUGAUGGAGACAAAUGAAAGCCAAGACAGCAACAAAUUGAAAGGAUGGGUGACACUAUGACUUCAAGGAGCAAGAUAGAAAGGCAAAUGCAAAAUGAAGUGAACAUUCCUUUUACAUGCCACAUGUCAAUAUCUGUAUCAGGCGAUUUGAAGCUGUUGUGCAUCAACCUGCAAAACUGGUUUCUACUGAUCUUUAGACAGGAUGAGCGAGUCAAAGAGAGACUUCCUGUUAAGCAAAAAUAGUGACAACUGUCCUGUUUAAAAGUGAUUUUUAAGACUGCAGGCAAGUGUUUGGACGAAAUGAAAGAAAUCGCACUCUGGUCAUGCGAGGAAGUGGUCGAUUGGUUGUCAGAUGUUGUGCCAGAAUACUGUGAGCCAUUGAAGAAUUUCACUGGGCAGGACUUGGUGAACCUAACGAAGGAGGAUUUCAAGAAGCCCCCUUUGUCGCGUGUGUCUUCGGACAAUGGCCAACGUCUGCUGGACAUGAUAGAGACUUUGAAAAUGGAGCACCAUAUUGAGGUACACAAGAACGGGCAUGCCAACGGCCACUUGGUCAUCAGUACGGAGACCUCCACCAAUGAAAAUGGUUUCAGCAGCAAAAGCAAACCAAACGGGAUGCCAAAUGGGUACAGGAAGGAUAUGAUACAAAUCCACAUGCCAGAGCCGGAACGUUCUCAGUACCCCAUGGAAUGGGGGAAGACAUUUUUGGCUUUCUUUUAUGCACUUUGCUGUCUAGUCCUUACAACAGUGACAAUCUCCGUUGUCCAUGAACGAGUGCCUCCCAAGGAGGUGGAUCCGCCCCUACCAGACGCAUUUUUUGAUCACUUUAGUCGAGUUCAAUGGGCCUUUUCUAUCUGUGAAAUUAAUGGUUUGAUCCUUGUAGGACUCUGGGCAAUUCAGUGGCUGCUCUUAAAAUACAAGUCCAUUAUUGGCAGGCGAUUUUUUUGUAUAGUUGGCACACUGUACCUGUAUCGGUGUAUUACGAUGUAUGUUACGACCCUCCCGGUACCUGGCAUGCAUUUCAACUGUUCUCCAAAGCUCUUUGGAGACUGGGAAUCGCACAUGAGGAGGAUAAUGAAGAUGCUUGCUGGAGGCGGGCUGUCCAUCACAGGAUCACACGAUCUGUGUGGUGACUACUUGUUCAGCGGUCACACAGUUAUGCUAACACUUACAUACUUAUUUAUCAAAGAGUAUUCACCUCGGCGACUCUGGUGGUAUCAUUGGGUUUGUUGGACUCUCAGCUUAGUGGGGAUGUUCUGUAUCCUCUUGGCUCACGACCACUACACUGUGGAUGUGGUGGUGGCUUAUUACAUCACUACAAGACUUUUCUGGUGGUAUCACACAAUGGCCAACCAACAAGUGCUAAAAGAAGCUUCCCAGACCAACCUCCUUGCACGAGUGUGGUGGUAUAGACCCUUCCAGUACUUUGAAAAGAAUGUUCCGGGCAUCGUCCCACGCUCUUACCACUGGCCAUUUUCCUGGCAAGCUCUCCGACUGGGUAGACAGCCUAAGUACAGCAGAUUGGUGAAUGACACAUAACAGCUACAAAAAAGUAGUAGAAGAAGAGAUGGCAAAUGAACUGUCCCAAAGUGCUAAGAACUCCGCAAGAAGAGAUGCCAUAAAAACUGAACUGCUACCUUUCCUCUCUACCUUUUAACCAUUACCUUGACUGUAAUCUAGUCUCUUACCUGGUAAGCACUGUGAUCUUUUUCUCUCUCCAAAGGAUCUGCGAUGGACAACAAUAAGGAAACCGUAAAUUAUCAUGCACUGUAAUCAUUUCUUGUUAAUAGAUUUUGGAUUUGCAUUGCUCAUCACCAUGUUUCUUUGUAUAUGAUGCAGCAGCGUAAACAGAAAAAGAGGCUUUUAUAUCAUAAGUUCUGGUCUUUCCAGUCUCGUCUGGGAACAAAGCGUAUUAUUUUCUUGGGAAAACAUAAUUUUCAUAUCUCUUGCCCCAAAGAUUGGGCUGUAAGCCAUUUUCUAGCAAAUGUCUAUAUGAAGGUUUCUAAAUACCUGACUGGGAUAAUAAUAUACAGGAAUCUUUCUACCUGUUUCACUGAAGCUACUAAUGAUAGACACAGAAAGGUUUGGUAAACUUUGAUUUUGUAAAUCUGCAGUGACAGUGUCAAAAAGUGCAAAAAAAAAAAUUAUUCUGUUGUAAAGUGAUUUUUCUAAGUAUUUCCUAACUUUAUUUUUCAAAAUGCGUAAAAAUAAAAUCUAAAAAAGAUUUUUACAUGUCAAAGAAAAGAGUUAAAAUAAAAAAAUGCUUCUUGGGAGAGAGAUGUAUCUGUUUCUAGUGCCUUUCUUGUCUUGAUAGUAUGGUCAGUAGGCAGUCUAAAAGUUUUAAUUUAAAAUAAAGUAUUC